AUGCUCGCCCUCCAACCCUCCUCCUCCUCCAAACAACCCGCCUUGAUCCCAAACCUCCUCCCCUGCAAAAUCGCACACUCAGGACCCAUCCCAACCUCCCAGCGUCACUGGAAUCCACUUCCAACGCGCUCUCCCAAACACCACUCCGAUUCUCAUGAAGUCCACUUUCGAGGCCGAAAACUGCGCUCCAAACAACUCAAACUACCAGAAAAUUACACCGGGGUGGUAGCGCAGAAGACGGAGCGAAGGUUAUUACCACAACAACAAGAGGGACAACCACAAGGACGAAGAAAUGAGAUUGAGGAAGAUCAAGAUGAGGAAGAUGACGAUAUACAACUACCAAUAGAAGUCAAAAUUCUCGAGACAAAUGGGACGUUUGAUCAAGUCGUGAUAUGGGCUCACGAGGCAGUUCCCGAGGGAGAAGAUGUAUAUGUCAAGGGCAUAGAGGAGUGGAUUGGGUUUGCUGAGAGUGUAGGUCAUCCGUUUGUCCGUUGA